CACUUCCUUCACGACCCUUCACUAUUUAAAGACCAGUGUGGAGCCAGAGGGGCUUCAGCAGGGGAUUAAAACCAAAGACCUCACACUCUUUACACCGGCAGCUCACCCACUGACCGACUGAUGAUCCGAAAGACUCUGGAUGUUUCUGUGAAGAUCCAUCCCGGCUGUAAAGGCAGAUUUUUGCUCACGAUCAUCUGGAAAAAGGAAAAGAUUUUGAGAUUUCAGACAUUACUUGAAGAUAAUUCAAGUUUUUUCUUGGGAGACUGAACUAGUGAUUGACUUUUGAAGAUACUGAUUACAUUUAGUGCCUUCUACAUUGAGCAAUCUUCGAAACACUUUGACUUUAUUAGACCUCCGGACAAACCACUAACACUCUGCAAGCUCUUGUUAGAUUUUCCCAGCAGUGCUUGUGCACCUGAGUAGAUUUCGAAAGGAUCAAAACAAUAGAAGACAAACGUCCCUCCUGGUAUUCAGUCACAAUGAGUAGUAGUGGGACCGCCACAGUUUCACCGCAAGAGCCUCCGGCCUUUAAACGUGCCGUAAGGAAGAUAAAAUGUGCCGCUAUGGUGGCAAGCUUGGCCAAGAGCUGGCAGGGCUGGGCCAACGAGCACACAGACAAGCAGGACAACAUCCCGAGUGGCUGGAUGCCUUCAUCAGUCGAAGAGGAUGACAAAAGAGAGCGCAACCAUGUGGUCAAACUUUCUGUCACCCCGCGCGUAAUCACAGUAGAUGACGCCGACAACAGCGAGAAUAAGAUCCGGACUGUUUCUGUGACCAAGACAGUCCAGCCAAAACGCAGCGAGUGCAGCAGCAGCGAUUUGGUCAACGCUAUCCGAGGCAAGAUGGAGUCAGGUCCCGAGGAGAGCAAGCCGUUCCUGGGCAACGAGUCGCCAACACGGCGGCGCCACAUGAGGGCGCUACAGGGUGGUGGAGGAGUCCUCCAAGACAAGAAGCUGAUGCUUCAGGAGAAGAAGAUGGGGUCGAGGAGCAGCAGUUUGGACACGGAAGACAGCGGGCUAGGAGAGGAGGCGGGGCUCAGCGAUAACAGCGAAUCAAAAUCUGAGCAGAGUGGUAACAUCCUGCUCAAGAAACAGAAUAACAGGCCCAAGAUUAAGAUUGCCACAAUGGGCGACAUCAAAAGCCGCUGGCAACAAUGGUCUGAUCAGCACAUGGAGGGCCAGAAGCUGAACCCCUUCAGUGAGGAGUUUGACUACGACUACGCCAUGAACCAGCGUCUCCGCAAGGGUGACAGCGGUUACGGUCGACCCAAAGACGGCUCCAAGACGGCCGAGAGGGGCGACAGGGCCCAGAAACACAUCCACAGGGAGAUGGAGGAGAUGGUGUGGAUUAUCAGAGACAUGGACUUUAAGGAUAAAGAGGGGAGAACCAUCAUCACCUUUGGCCGGCUCUUCGACCGCUACGUGAAGAUCUCAGAUAAGGUGGUGGGCAUUCUGCUGCGCUGCCGCAAACACAAAAUGCUGGACUUUGAGGGGGAGAUGCUGUGGAAAGGACAAGACGAUCAUGUCAUCAUUACGCUGAGGGACUGAGGACAUACACACACCUGCAAACACACGAGAGACUACAAGUCUCACAAAUCAGCUUGUCUAGAGCAACAAUGCUAACCAUGCUAACGACAAAACUAAGAAAAAUUUAGGAAUAUUUGAAAGACAUAAAAAGAAUAAUGUGAUUAUCAUUUUCAAAGCAAUACAAACACACACACAUACACACACAAGCUCAAGAUACACAUUGGAGGAAAAGGAUGGUUUGAUCAGUAAAAAAUGGGAAUAAAGACAAAAUCUCAAAAACUAUUCACAUUAAAACUUUAAUGUAGCUUAAAUUAGCAGAUACGUGAGAGUACACGUGUAAGAUAACACACACAUGCACCAGACUCAUUAGUUCUUCUCAUACUUGACAGGACAUCCGGUGAAGGGAAGCUAUCUUUAGCAUGCUAAACAUGCUCGCCUUGCUACUUAUGCUACAUGCUAGAAGCCUUGAGAAUCCACCACAGUGGCAGUCAUGCUAGAAAGCUUUACUCAGACUCCUACUGAAGAAACUUGCUGAUUUCAUCUCAUAAUUAACUGACAGACUUGACAAACUCGCUGUUUUGCGCUCUUAAGCUAAUUAUGUAGGAAACAAGUGAGUAAGUAAGUAAGUAAGAUGUGUUUAUAUAGCGCUUCUCAUAGACAUUAGUCACAAAGUGCUUUGCAUGAGCAUGAUGCAACAUACAAACAAGGAAAGCAUGACAUUAGCCUCGCCACAGAAUAUGGUGACGUUUUGGUGUUUUAGAUAGACUUAAAGACAAAUAGAAAAAAAAAAUCAUGACAAGAAUUACACAGAGAUGUGACCAAAGUAAUUUUGCCAGCAGAGCUUAAAG